AUGCGUUCGUUCAUCCUUUGCAGUCUGCUCUUCGUGUCCGUCCUCGCAUUCCAUUUACAGAAAAAUGAAUUCCUCGAUGAAGAAUAUUUAACUCGAAGCGUCCGUUCAGCUGAUGAUAGCAGCAGCUCUUCUGAAGAGAAAUCUGAAAAAACUCAACCUGAAGGAUCAAAGGUGGAAGGAGAGAAAAGCGUAGAAGCCUCUGGAGAUAAAGAAGAUGGAAAGCAAGAAGAAGAAGAUGAUGAUAACGAAGGAUCUGGUGCUCGUUUUGUCCGUGAUGCCGAAGAAGGAUCCGGAGACAAGAGUAACUCAUCAGAAGAAAAUGAGGAGGAGGAAUCUUCUGGUGAAAGAUUUGCUCGUGAAGUAGAAGUAACCGAAGGAUCAGGAGAAGAAGUCACAUCGCAGAAGGUGUCUGUAGUCGAUGAAGACGGCUCAGGCGAAGGGGCUGAUGAGACAUUCUUCAAGGAACCACCAACUUUCUUCUAA